AUAUUUAGAUUUUGUGGUAUAGACUGAAUUCCCAUAUUCUUUUUGGCAAAAGUAGUUCUCAAUUAUUAAAGGAAGUUGCAUCCAUUUAUAAAUGUCUAAUGCUGCAUAUACUUUUUGUUCCCUACUCUAUUUUUUUUGAAAGAAUGAAAUCAUCACCAUUGCUUGCUGUAAUAGACUAACACCAAACACUCAUCUGCUCUAUGUGCCAUCUGUUUCACAGUAUUAACCUUCGUUAUCCAUGUUUUUUCCUUUUGUUUUUUUAUAGAAUUCUGUCUAAAAUUUGUUUCAUGCGUAUAUUUUAAAACUUAAUUCUGUUUCUUUUUUGUAUUUUUUGUGUGUCCAGAAAAUGAGCGGCUGAGAAAGAUUUAUGCUGAGUCAUUUAACAAAUUGGCAGACCAGAUUGAAAGCCGAACUAGCUGCCAGAUCUUGAAGGAUGAAUUGAAGAAACUAAGUGAUGAGCAUUCCCAGAAAGAAAAUGUGAGUUAAUGCACAUCUAUACCACUUCUUGAAGGGUAUGUAAACUCAAACACUGCCAUUACCUAUAUUUUCACCAUUUUAAGCGGUCAUCGUGACUUUGGAGUAGACCAAUGCAUUUCUCCAUUGCGUAUCAUCGGAGGACAAAUUAAAAAAAAAAGGGUAUCCAGUGAUUUAUGUAUCUUAAAGUAAUUACUUGUAAUUAGGAGUUUAAGAUUGCUAUUUUCUCCCUCAAACAUGAGAACACAAUGAGGAUUCAAGAUCUGGAAAGUCAAAUCAGAGAGUUACAGACUGAAAACGUGGUCAGUGAAGCAGCUCUUAAUCAUCUUCACCAAGAUUUAACUGUGCAUAAGAACCACAUCGAAGCUUUGACAAGGAGAUUAGAACAAGUCACUUCUGAUGUAGAGUCUAGAUAUCAUUAUGAGAUUCAGGGCCUGAAGGAUUGUCUCUUGGUUGAGCAAGAAGAGAAAGCUGAGUUAAGUAAGAAGCUCCAAGAUUUGGAAAAGGAAUUGACUGCCAGCAGAACAAAACUUGUGGAGUCCAGACAAGAUUUAACUUCGAAUCGGCAUGUGGACGCACUGAAGCAAAAGAUUAUGAAACUAAGGAAGGAGAAUGAGGUUCUGAAGAGGCAAAUCACCUACCAAAUAGAAGGAUAGAUGCUUUGUAAGUUAAAAGCAAAUUCCCAGUUUUUGCAGUUAUGGACUUGUGGCCUUUUUUUUUUUUUAAUACAUGGAAAUUGAAAUGUCGAUGCAAAGCUCUACUUGUACUAUGCACAGUGCUCUAUCGUUGUUUCUUACGGUAUAGAGUUUUUAUUACGAUUGAAAAGAGUAUAUUUGAAAUCAAAUAUUUGUAAACUG